UGCAGACCUUGGUCUGGUUCAGAGGAGGGAGGACACGGAGACACAUCACCUCUGACAAACUAUAUAUAUAUAUGUGAAGUUGUUGAUUGUCUCGGAUCGGUUUAACAGCAAAUGCAAAGAAACAAUUAACAAGGAUUAUAACUUUGCUGCAGACGCGUACUUAAGCAAUGCUGUGUUUAAGAGAUUCCACUGACUGCCUCCGAGACCAAAUGCAGUACAUGAUGAGAUCCUUGCAGGACCUGAAGCAGAUAAGCAGGCCGAGGCCACUGAGUGAACCGUGUGUUCGGUCCUUCGCUGUAACACGGCUUUGCAAACAGAGGGCACAGCAGGAAAGACUCACUCGUCUACGUAGAUCUGAAGCCCAUGAAGUCAGCACCUAUGACUCUGCCUGCUGUCUGACCAGCCACUUGGAGGAGGAGGAAGAGCAUGAGCGUUUGGCACAAGGCUCCCCCAGCAGUGAAAAGAGUCUGGACUUUGACUCAGGAUACUCUGAGGCGUCUUGGCAAGAUGAAGGUGUAGUGCUAAGAAGAACUAGAAAUGUGCGAGUCUCUUCUUCUGCCUGCCUCCGCACAAACAGGGGACCUUGUGGCCGUGUGCGGCCCAAAUCAACCUCGGACGCUUGCCUGGAGCGCUGGACCUCUUUUGAGGCCAGUGACCCAGAGGACUGGACAACGUCACUGCUGAGCCGCAGCAGGAACAGACAGCCUCUGGUUCUGGGAGACAACAGCUUUGCUGACCUAAUAAAGAACUGGAUGGACCUACCAGAGUGUCCUGAGCCAGCAGAACUAAAGCCCAGUGCAGGCCGGCGUCUUGCCAAAGACAUUUUGGUCAACAUGCGCAGGAGACUGGCAGGGAUGUCUAAAAGUGUGGAGGUGAGGCAAAGGCCAGCAGACUCCGCAAGGGUCAGUAGAGCUGCAGAGGCUCCAAAACGGAUGUCAUGCCCAGUGGGAAUCCAGUCUCUUAAACCUUUCUUUCACCAAUCGCACACAGGCUUACAUGAACUAGAUAGUGACUUCUACCAGUUCACCGCUCUCAUGAAGACGGGCAGCCGACAACCCAUCAUAUGCAAUGAUAUCAUUGGAUACAUUUGAGUGAGGCGGUAACUAUGGACCAAACUUUUGACACAAAUUUAAGAUGAUUCCAUUUUCAUAAUUGGGUUUUGUCCAUACUGUCAAUACUUCCGAAAUAAAGUU